ACCAAAGUCACAAACAGUGUCGGUCUCCGCCUUGUUUUGGUGUGAAUCAUGGCGACGGUGGCGAAGGACUCGGAUGUACACAUCACGUAUGAUGACCAACAGAAAAUAAAUAAAUUUGCACGGUGCAAUGCUCGUCAUGGAGAUGUGAAGGAAGAAUUAAAAGUUAAAGAGAAUGAAUUACAGAAUUUACAAGACGCUGAAGAUGAAAUUAUGAUUGCGUUAGAUGGCGACGAGAAGGUUCCUUACAUGGUUGGUGAGGUGUUCAUCAUGAAAUCCCAGGAUGAAGCCCAGGAGGCCAUAGCUGCACAGCGGGAGGUCCUCCAGGAGGAGAUUGCAGGUCUCAACAGCCGAGCAGGAGAACUUCAGGAGAUAAUGACCCAGCUCAAGGGUGACCUGUAUGGAAAAUUUGGCAAUAAUAUCAAUCUUGAACCGGAGGAAGAAUAAGCUCGUAUAUUAUUAUUGUGGAUAUACUCAAUGUUGUAUGACAUAGUGUUAAACUUGUCCUUUACGCUGUUCAGUGAUGUUACGCACAGAAGAGAAGAAAGCCCAUGAUUGGAUUAUUGAUAUUCAGAAAAGAUCUCCAUUUCACGAAAAGAAAGUUUCAUUCGUCGUGAUAAAGUGCGGUGUUGAGUUUUUAUGUUUUAGCGCAAUCAUCUGUUCAUUGUAAUUUUUACUUCUUGCCACAUCUAACACGCAGAAAAUAAAACUCGUACACAGACAA